AUGACGGUUGUCAGUAUUAAGUCUUCUGUCGGCAAACGAGCAGACGGAUUACCUGAUGACCACACCACCAAUGUGGAUGGAUGGAGAGGGAAAGGUAGACCAAAGAAAAUAAGGAUGGGUUGUGUGAGAAGUGAUAUGGAAGACAGAGGAGUUAGUGAUAGCGUGACGGGUGACAGCACAGAAUGGAAGAAAAAAAACAUAUUGUGCCCCCAAAUAAAACGGGACAAGGGCAGGAAGAUGAUGACGGCAGACCACUUCCUUGUAACGAGGAUCAUCUUUACAUUUAUUCCGGUACUUUCUAUUCCGGUACAGUGGUGGUUCAGCAGUAGUUGA